UAAUCGGGUCGCGAUGGUUCGCGGUUGAAACCGAACCAUGUUGAAUCUCACUCCUAAUCAUAAUGACUCGAAACCAUGGUACGAGGCCCCUUUCACUUUCACCUACCCAACCGGCCAAGCCUAACUCCCCAUGGUCCAGGCAUCCCAUCAAUUCCCAAAUUAAUUUCUCCUCAAAACUAUUCAAACCAGCCAACUUCAUACCUAACAAAUGGGCGGUUCAAAAUCCAAUUUUGGUAAAUUUCUGUGUAUAUAAACUGAGUCUUCCGAGCUGCAUUUUCCAUUUCUUUAAAACCAUAUACAGAUAGCAGUAUCCAAUUGUUAAAAAGAAUUAGCCAAUUAUGGGUUCUCAACCUCCUGCUAGCGUUAUCACUUGCAAGGCGGUGGUGUGCAAGGAAGUGAAAAAGCCGGGGCAAUCGUAUAGGGAUGUAAUCGAGGUGAUGGAGAUACAGGUGGAUCCGCCGCAGGACACGGAGCUCAGAGUCAAGAUGCUGUCCGCCGGUGUCUGCCACACCGAUAUUUCAAACAUCGAGGGCUUCAUGACCCAGCCAUAUCAGUUCCCCAAAGUUCUGGGGCAUGAAGGUGUUGGAAUCGUGGAGAGCGUGGGACCGGAAGUGAAAGGCUUCGUAGUCGGCGACGUGGUGAUGGCUCCGACGUAUGGCGAGUGCGGGAUAUGCAGCAGCUGCAAAUCGGGCCGGACCAACGUCUGCCAGAUCUACGGCGCCAACGACCCGCCGCUGGAGCCCGACGGCAGCUCACGGUUCUCUUACAUCGACGAGAACGGCAAGAAGCAGUUUCUCUACUACUUCCUCUCCCUCUCCACGUGGACACAAUACCUGGUCGUCGACUCCAACUACGCCGUCAAGCUCACCGACUACAACUUCCCUACAGCACACAGCUGCAUCCUGUCCUGCGCCUUCACCACCGGCUACGGCGCCGCCUGGCUCGACGGCCGCGUCGGGCCGGGAGACACCGUCGCCAUCUUCGGCGUCGGCUCCGUUGGUCUCUCGUCUGUGAUAGCGGCGAAGGAUCUUGGCGCGACGAGAAUCAUCGGGAUAGAUAGGAACGAGCGAAAGAGACAAGUGGCACUGUCUCUGGGAGCAACCGACUUCAUCAACUCCGAGGGGUUGGGUACGAUGAGCGUGUCCGACAAAGUAAUGGAGCUGACCGGCGGGAAGGGUGCGGAUUGCUGCAUUGAAGCUUCCGGCUCCGACGCCCUAAUGAACGAAGCCAUGAAAUCUGCUCUCCCGGGCAAAGCCGAAACAGUAAUUUGUGGAGCAGGAAUCUACCCGGAUGACAUGCUGAAGGUGGAUUUCCCAAAAUUCCUGUUUGGAAACAGGAUGGUGGGUUGCAUAUAUGGCAGGGUCAAAAUCAAGUCCGACCUCCCCUUCGUGCUCGAGAAGGCCAAGAAACCGGAGAUUAUAGCCGGGAUCAACAGGAUUCUGGCGUACGAUGAGGAGACCAAGGAGUGCGGGUACCAAGUCGAUAUCCGGGGUGGCAGCGAGGCAAUCUACACGGCGCUGGAGAAGUAUUUGGAGGAUCCAGAAUCCAUCAAAAUCAUCAUCAAGCUCAACGAUGAAGAUGAUGAACCCACUAGGGCGCCGUCGGGGAAGCCUGUCCACUACUGAUCCCGAUGAUCGAUCGAUCUCGCCCAAUCGAGCUAGACCACGUGUCAGCUGGAGAGUGUUUAAUUCUUAAUUAAGUUCAGAUCGAUAAAAUGCGUACUAAGUACUUUAUCAUAUAACAAUAAUCUAAUAAUGUUAAAUAAUGGAUGUGUAGAUCCUGUUGAAAUGGUAACUUGCAAUCAAAUCUAUCACCAAAACAAUACAUAUGGUGGGUCUCAAAUUAUUAUCAAUAAUGGAUUGAUCAAUCAUCCUUAUCUAUGUAUUUAUGAUGGAACAUGAAGUGUUCUUUCUCUGCCUCUACCUCAAGACAAAGAGCAGCCAAGAAUGAUGAUGCACGUUCAAGGCAUAAGGAAAUAAAUGCAUGGGCCAAAGAAAGAUCGAAUGAUCACGUGGAUACAUGUUAUGUUAUUAGUUAUAUAAAUAUCAUUGGGUUAAGAAGAGUGUCUUCAACAAGGUUGUUAAACCUCUAUCGAACCCCCCGGUUGGACCCGGUUCAACCCGAGUCGGGCUUCAAAACGGCCUCCAGAAAACCCCCGGUCUGACCCCUAAACAGGGAGAAGAAGAGAGGCAGCAGAGAGGAAAAGGAACGAAGGAAGGGAAAUGGUAGGUGGAUCAUGGAGGUUAGGUAGAUUUAUUUUGUUGAAAAUAAGUUUUUAAUAGAUAUAUGUAAGAUAA